UUUAGUUAUUAGAUCGGUUCUUAUUGAAGUGUCGGUAAGACUGAUACGACUUCCUAUAUAUUUAUACAAUGGAUAACCUGGAUAGUAAUGCUUGGGUUUUUGAUUCUUUGGUUGGUUUUUUACACGGACCAGUGUGGAAUAUACCUUUACAAACAUUUAUAGAGGAAAAAUCUUUACCUUUCGAACCUACUGACGAUGGCGAGGUACUGGAAAGGCCGGAAUACAAAAAGAUUCACAAUGAAUAUCGGAAUUUGGUGGAUGUUAUGCUGGGCUCGUUCAUGGACGAUAUAGGCAUAUCCGCCGAUCAGUUCGAAGCAGCUUGCCGUCUUUCAGCACACGAUCUAGCUGGACUGCCCGCUUAUUUCCACAAGCGUCUCUUUGAGCAAAUAUGGGCAGCAAAUGACUAUGAAAUGUUUGUCAAAAUGAUGACCCACAAAAAUGUUGAACUUCAGUUACAGGCUUUAGAACUAAUAGAAAAACGAUUCGGGACUAUGCCUAAUUUGUUUACCACGGAACCCGAAGAUAUACAAUCUUCACACGAUGAACGUUCCGAUUGGCCGGACAAUGAUGACGUCAUGACAGAAAUAAAAAAAUUACAAUUGGAGGACAUUGAAGUGAAGAACGAAAUAUCGGUACCCCCUGAAGAAGUGGUAGCCGAGAAACAGACUUUGCUAAACAAAUUACACCAUAUCGAAAAAAAAGAAAAAAUUGUGGAUAAAAAGAUUGAAAAGGUACAUUUCAAAGAGGAACCUGUCAUACCGAAAAAAGUUGAGGUAAGCGAAGAAGAUAUUCGGGCUAGACAGGAAUAUUUAAUGCAGCAACGAGAUAAACUUCUAGCACUGAAAAAACAAGUACGCGAAAAGAGACUUGAUAACGCGAAGAAUGAAAGCGAAUCAGAAGUUGGCGAAGGUUCCAAAACCGUCGCUAGGCCACGGUCAGCGCGCGUUGCACAAGCGGCACUUGCAGGCUCCACACCUUCGCCACCGCCAGACGCAAUGCAACUAAGAAGAGCCCUUGCCUCUAAAUUGAAAAACGAAGUUGUCGACAUCAAGCAUAACUUUUAAUUCAACCUUUAAACUUAACUCAAAUAAAUUACAUAUAUUAUCUGUAUAUUAUUUUUACGUUUCGGUUUUUCAUCAUAGCUUCAACAUAAAUUCCGUAAAAA